CAACGUGUCUUUUAUUAUAGGCUUCUAAAUCACAUCUCUGAUAUCAAACUUCAAAACAUAAUUUUUCCAAAAUGAAGGUCUUCCCUUCUUUAUGUCGAUGAUAGUUCAUGCUGUAGCAAGGAAUGACCUCCCGAAGAUCAAUGGAUCCUUGGAUUCCUCAUAUAUACAUCUCAAGCACUAAGAAGUCAGUGGACACUCUGCAGUUUCCCCUCCAAGAAGGUUUUCGAGCAUUCUUAUAGGUAGCCUCACUGAUGACUGAUCUGUCCAGUUUUUAACUAACUAUGGUCUUUCUUAUCGUUGUGGACUUGUGGCUAACUAACUAGAAAAUGUUUCCUUCCUUCUAACCCAGCAACCCAGCCGAAAUUACAAUAUUACCUUUUCUCUACCAAACAAGAUUACAAAGAUUUAAAUGGCCCACUUAAAGAUGGUUUAAAGCCCAAUACAUACGUGAGUAAUACUGUCGUCACAGAUGUAUUAUACGUUCACUCUAAUUUCUAUCGAUCUUAUCUGGUUUUACUCACUCAGAUAUUCACAAUCACAAAACCAUGAGAUCAUCAGAUAACCUCUGGACCAGAAAACCAGAAGCCAAAACCGGCAAAUCUGAGUUUCCGGUUAUCAGAUUCAUCCGUAGAUACAUGGAGAACAUCAAGGACAAAGCCGGAGGUCCUGGAGUCGGCGGCGGAAUAGGCUGCGGCGCUGGACUCGGCUUCGGACUCGCGGGAGGGCUCGGGUUAGUCACUUCUGAAGGGAUUAACCAUUCCAAUGUGGUUUUUGGCAUCGGUGUGGGUUGCGGUAUUGGGGUUGGGUUUGGGUACGGGUUUGGAGUUGGUGGCGGGUUCAAUUUCGAUGACAUUGGAGAUAAAUUGACCUAUGGGAGGGAAUAGCUCUGGUUAAGAUUCCGUGUCGGGUACAGAUUCGUAAUGUAAUAUUAUUGUAACAUUACUCUGCCUUUUUUGUCUUAAUGAGUUCUUACUUGUUUGAA